CGUCUAAGGAAGUUAUGUCUUGUACCGAUGCUGAACCUAUACUGUAAUUGCAAAACACAGAAAAACGUCGUCCUCAUGGCUAUCUUCUCAGACAGUUAAUUUCACGCCAACAAUAUACUCACGUUUUAUAACCGCUUUUAUUUGCACUAUUUAUUCUGAGACAGUUCAGAUUUUAUGUCGCAUAUUUAUUUAUAGUUUCAAAACGUUUAGAUGGCUACAGCAAGCGGCAAUUGCAACCACGGCAGCGCCGGUUCAGAGAAGGACAGGCUGGUUUCCUCUGUGUCUCCUCACGGCUACGGCUCCAGCGACAGCAGCGGCGAGCACGUUCACCACAGAGACAGCCAUGGCAACCCCCGGUUGCCCACUGCGACGGCGGGGGGUUGGCUGGGGGCGGAGCAGGAAGAGGAGGCCCUGCGCAGGAAGCUCAAGUACUUCUUCAUGAGCCCAUGUGACAAGUUCCACGCCAAGGGCCGCAAGCCCUUCAAACUGGGCCUGCAGCUGCUCAAGAUUGUCAUUGUCACCGUGCAGCUGGUGUUGUUUGGCCUCAGCAACCAGAUGGUGGUGACGUUCAAGGAGGAGAACACCAUGUCCUUUAAGCACAUCUUCCUGAAGGACUAUAACGAGGGCCCCGACGACACGUUGGCCGUGUACACACAGAGCGACGUCUACGAACACAUCUUCUACGCCGUACACCAGUAUGUGAUGCUACCCGAGACCACGGUGGGACGCUAUGCGUACGUCUAUGGGGUCGGGGUGAACGGGAGUGCCCUCUCUCUCUGCCAGCAGUACUACAAGAAGGGCAGUAUCGAUCCCGCCAAUGAUACCUUCAACAUUGACCCUCGUGUUAUCACAGAUUGUGUGGGAGUUAACCCUCUGUCAGUCCCUCGAGCGCCUUUAGGCAGUGACUACAAGAACUUUACCCUAAAGUUCCACAAACUCAUAAACGUCACGAUACAGUUCCAACUAAAGGCCAUCAACAUUCAGACCAUCAUCAACAACGAGAUUCCUGACUGUUACACCUUCUUCAUAACGAUAGUCCUGGAUAACAAGGCUCACAGUGGGAAAGUAAGGAUCAGUCUGGAAAACCAGGCUUUUAUAGAGGAGUGUAAAGACCCCAGUGUGUCUGGCCAUGCGGAGAACUACACGCGCCUAACGUUUGACAUGGUGGUGGCGAUCGUUUGUAUGCUGUCCCUGCUGCUGUGUGGCCGCUCCAUACUCCGCGGCAUCAUACUACAGGCUGAGUUUGUCGAGUUCUUCAAGACUAACCUGGGCCGGAAAGUCAGCUGGGAUGAAAGGAUGGAAUUCAUCAAUGGCUGGUACAUCCUGCUCAUCAUCAGUGACGUUCUUACCAUCAUCGGCAGCGCCAUUAAGAUCGGCAUAGAGUCCAAGAAUAUGUCAUUGUAUGAUGAGUGUGGCAUCCUGUUGGGGACCUCCACCUUGUUGGUGUGGGUCGGAGUCAUUCGCUACCUCAGCUUCUUCCAGAAGUACAAUAUCCUGAUCGUGACCUUGCGAGCUGCGUUCCCCAACGUGAUCCGGUUCUGCUGCUGUGUGGCUGUCAUCUACCUGGGCUACUGCUUCUGUGGCUGGAUCGUGCUGGGGCCCUAUCACGUCAAGUUCCGCUCUCUCUCCAUGGUGUCGGAGUGCCUGUUCUCGCUGAUCAACGGCGACGACAUGUUUGUGACCUUCUCAGAGAUGCAGGAGAGCAGCACGCUGGUGUGGGUGUUCAGCCAGGUCUACCUGUACACCUUCAUCUCCCUCUUCAUCUACAUGGUACUGUCGCUCUUCAUCGCCCUCAUCACCGGCGCCUACGAAACCAUCAAGCACCAAACCCAGGAGCCCUACCACAUUACGGACCUGCACGCCUUCAUCGCAGAGUGCACUGACACGCCCAGCUCGGGCAUGUACCGGGGCCUCGAGACCUCGCCCUGCUCCUUCUUCUGCUGCUGUGACAGAACGACAACAUACGAGGAUGUCCUUUUGGUGAACUGACUGGGAUGGGGUGUCUGGACCUACAGCGCUCUCUGCUGGCCGGAGCGCCACACUGCAUCCAGAUUUUCAUUGUCCUUACCAUCAAAUCUAGGUCAUGCAUGAGCACUUACUUGAAUGAGGAGCCUCAGUUCAACCGUAUACAGACAGAGGACUAUGAGCUGAAAGCCUAAUCUUUUUUUGAUUGGAUUCAUUGGCCAGACCUCCUGCAUUGUGUGAAUGUUAUAGGGAUGUUGCCUGGAUGUUACACAGUAACAUACAGCUCAACACAGCAUUCCCCACACAGAAAGAGAACAACAGUAUUUGACCAAAAAUCUGGAUAUUUGCACAAUCCAUACAUGCUGAGGACCAUAGUGCAAUGUGUAAUGUCUUGUUAGCACUAAUGCUAACAUUUAGCUGCUUUUAAGUGUUUUACCUGGGUUUUUAGGUGUUCAGUAAGUUGCACAAGGGACAAGAACUGGACAGAGCAUGUUUUUUUUAUAUCAGAAGUUCUGGUUAUAUAUGAAGGGGAUGACAAUGACAUGCAUACUUCAUACUAGGCCAGAGACAGCUCUGGAGUAGCAUUCCCACUGUCCAUAAAAGGAGAGGGCACUUAAGCCCAAGUCACAUGACUCACCCAAGAACAUCAUUGCCCUGUCAUGAGGCGCAAGCCCAGCAAGAACUGCUGAGAGCAAGGCUGGCUUCGCCGCAGUGCAUUGUGGUCACCACCGCUGCUCUCAAGUGUGCAAGUACAUUGAACUUAAACCCUGCACUGCGCCUGGACCCAAUGGCUCAUUUUUUUCCACUAAUUGGUCUUUUGACCAAUCACAUCAGAUCUUUUUCAGAGUCGAUCUGUUUUUUUUAUUUUUUAAAUACAGAUUAGUAGAAAUAAGAUAAGAAUUGAGCUUCCUGUCCAAACGCAGCCAUUGUAUUUCAGAGUUUAAGACCGAUCAGUUAAAAAACCUGUACUCACACCCGGGUGCUGGGUCUGGUCUCCAGGAACAAUAUCCAUAGAAUUGUUCUAUAGUUUAAGUUGGACACAGAAAGAGAUGCAGUGCAUCAUCUCAAUCACACAUACAGUACCAGUAGUUUCAGUAGGUGUUAAUCCGAUGGCACAGCAAACAGGGUAAACGUCAGCGCUAUUGUUGAUUUGUACAUGUCAAGUUGUACACUGUGCAUGUCCUGUUCACGAUGCACAAAUUAUGCUGCUUCAUCAGAGUUCAUUUGGAAGGGGACCCGUAGUGAAUUAGUCAAAUCCACUCCGAGUCUCACAAAGACCCACUAACACAAUACCCACCAUGCCACAACAUUCCGGUCGCAAUGGUAAUGUGACUUUCCAAUUUUGCCUGACCUGAAUGUAACUUCCUUAAAUGAGGAAACUACAUGAUUGGAAAAUGGAGAGUUCAUCAAUUUUUUUGGGGGGUGAAUUUUUUAAAAGGCCUAAGCUCCAGUCAUGGACAAUAUGGAUGGAGAACUGCAGAUUGUAUCCGACUGGUCUAAAGAACAAAAACUGCCUGCAAGUAACGAGGAGAGGAUAACGAGCAGGCAGGACAGCUAAACGAGGCCAGAGGGAUAGGGUAUUUGCGAGCACUGCAGUAAUGCCUGUUAUGUUGACCCAGAAGAAUGCUCUUACAUACGUUUCGUUCCCAUUCUGUUUUAUGCCUCAUAAUGAUGCCUAGUUUAAAACUAGCCAAUUGCUUUGUCCUAGUGAAAGUUUAAAUUAUUAUUUUUUUUUUUUAAAUGUUGGGUUGUUGCGGUAUCUAGAGAGAAACGCCUAAGGGGAGUGUGGUCUUCAGGUUCAGACUCCAGAAAGUGGUCAUGAAUUGAGCUUUGUACUCCAAUCACUAUUGAAGAAGAAAAAAUCAUAUAUUUUUUAAUAUGUUAUAGGCCUGCUUCCAUUACGGUCCCUAGCUACUUCUAAAAGUGAACCUUUUGUCGUUUUGAUAGAUUCCAAAGAACCAAGGUGUAGGCAAAGUUACAUGGGAGUAUAACCUCCCAAAUAGGCUAAAAGCAGAGCUUUCGCCAUAUCCGUUCUUUAGGAUCUGAGAACACCAAAGGGCUGGAGCCUACGAGAAGUGGCUAGGGGCCGAAAUGGUACAGGGCGAUAGCCUGUCUGUUAGUGAGGAGUCAUGUAGCUCUUAUUUGAAUGGUCAUAUAGUACAUUUAAAUUAAAUGUAUGUUCUUAACUAAGCAGUACACAAACAGGAUUUGUUUUUGGCCUUGCGUUUGUAUAUUGUAGUAUUAGACACUUAGAUGUCCUGUCCAAGCAGUCUGUAGACAUUUAUACAGUUCAUUGUAUAAUCUUUUUUUUUAAUGUUGAUUGUACUUGAACAUUGUUUUGAGUAUGUUGGAUCUCUGUGCCACACUCAGUACGAAGCCAAACCACUGAUGAUUAAAUGCCUGUUUGUUCACCUGGCUGGAAAUACUUUGGAGAAGGAGGAGGUGGCAAAUGCUUUGGGCUGCAUCCCAAUUCUCCACCCUUCUCUCGAAGUCUGCACUUGCAUGCAUCAAUGGAUUUUUAAAGCAACGGAUUGGUGUAAUCGUUGGCGAGAGGGAAUUUCCUCUUGUUAAGUCUGUGACGGGAAGUGUGCAAAUGCAAUUUUUUUUAUAAAGGGUGAAGAAUCAGGACGCAUCAAUACUUUGGUUUCUUCACCAUUUGAUUUAGAUCCAAACAGAGCCGGUGAAAUUGUCUGCUUUGUUUGUGUUUGAGUUAUAUAUUAUUUGCAUGAAACUCAACUCUAGGCCCAUAGUCAAGCUUACAUUAUAAAGUGUGUGACGGAAAAUCACGAGUUUACCACAGGAUGUAAUUACCUGAAGUUACCAGAAGGGGGAAUACGGGCUUUUGCACCCCUCAGACUCAGACAGUAACAUCCUAAAGGAGGAGAAUAGACCACCUUACAUCCAAGUUCUGUUUAUUAGGUAGACUGACAAUAGGGAUCUAAUACAACCGAAGGCUAAAUUAUAGUAUUAUAGUACAACAAAUACCAUAGGUACAUUUACACGAUUCAUGUAACAUUCGAUAUGCACAAAUUCGGCACACUCCACAUAGCAAAACGGCGAUGGUAGAUCUCCUUACAUAGAACACAUGUGCCCAUAUCCUGGUAAUACGGGACGUUGGUGGCACCUUAAUUGGGGAGAACGGGGCUCGUGGUAAUGUUUGGACUGGAUUUAGUGGAAUGGUAUCAAACACAUGUUUUUGAUGCCAUUCCAAUUGCUCCGUUCCGGCCAUUAUUAUGAGGCGUCCUCCCCUCAGCAGCCUCCACUGCUAAUGUACCUUUCCCAAGCAGCCUUUGGCGGCUGAUGCAGCACAUCAUUCCUUCCAGCCCACUAAACCGAAUAUCAUCAUCCAUUAUGUACUGUCCUGGCUGCCCAUCCUUUAGCUGAGCUCUUGGCCCAUGUCCAUCUCAGUGACUCAAUCUUUGUUCUUGCACUCUAAUAGUCUGCUGGGUGUGUCCACUGUGUAUGUGCACACCACUUGAUGCUGGCGAUGAGUUUUCUUAUUUUUCUCCACACCAAUUACAAACACACAUAUACGAACAACGACUUACAGACGCACACAAGCGACGACGACUAUCUCCUCUGCCAGACCCACGUCGUCUCGCCUCCGUACCUCGUGCCUGCAUUAUUGUUUGCCACUUGGCCUUAAAUUGUACCAAUUAUAUUUUGUUUCUCAAUAUUUCAAGAAUAAAUCAUUUGAUUUCUC